AUGGAAUUUCACUUUAUUCACGAUACCCUAACAUUCUUAUCUUCGCCAACUUUACAACAUGAUCAUGACUCUCUUUUCGCUCAACAAUUAGCGAAUCCACCCUAUCGUCUUGUUUUACCAUUGGAUAUCUUGUUGGCCCCAAGUCGCAGAAAUCUAACACAUUUGCCAAGACCCCAAAAUUCUUUCCUUCUCUUUCGUAAAGAUUAUAAUGAGAGAAUGCGUCUUUUAAAUCGCAAUAAAUCAAAAAAAUUAAGCACAAAAACGAUUUCAGAGAAUGCAAAACUCGAAUGGAGUCGACAACCCCCAAUUGUAAAAAACUUUUUCAAAGUUUUGGCAAAAGAGGCUGAUAGACGUCAUAAGCAAAUGUUCCCUAAUUACAAAUAUCAGCCAAAAUAUAAGUCAAAGGAUAAUGAUAAUAAAAACGAAAAUGAGCCUAUCCCCAUAGAUUCGGAAUUAUUUGAAGAUACUACAGUGGUUGAGAACGUAUCAACCUUCGAUAUCAAUGACAGCAUUGUUUCCGAUGUUGACAUCAUUGAACUUGAAAAAUAUUUCGACAUCCAGGCGUAUUAUAAUGAUUUGAAAAAAUAG